AUGGAUAAACCCGCGUCGUCCACAACCCCGUCAGACUCGGUCAUCACCAUCCCCGAUAUACCCGAAAAGGCGACCCUCGACAGUCCAACACCACCACCACAACCACUCUCUCCAGGCUCCAAAAUCGAGAUCGAUGCACCAAACCAAAUGGGUGGCGAUAAUGGAGUGGUGACACCGCCCUUCAAGGAACUCAUUCUCGUCCUGAUUGGUCUCAUGCUGGGCCUCCUCAUGUCGUCGCUUGAUCAAACCAUCGUCGCGGUCUGCACCACCAAGAUUGCGAACGAUUUUGAUUCUCUGGGCGAGAUCCCUUGGGUCGGUACCACUUACCUGUUGACAUCCACCACCGUUCAGCCUCUCUACGGCCGGUUCUCAGACAUCUUUGGUCGCAAGACCACCUACCUCUUCGCGAUCGUCGUCUUUCUGAUCGGCUCUGCCCUCUGCGGUGCCUCCCAGAACAUGACCAUGCUGAUCGUCUCUCGCGGCAUCGCUGGUAUCGGUGCUGGCGGCAUCAUGUCAACCGCCAUGAUCAUCGUCACGGGCUUGGUCUCGCUGCGCGACCGCGGCAAGUACCAAGGCUUGUUUGGUGGUGUCUUUGCGGUUUCGUCCGUCAUCGGUCCCCUCCUCGGCGGUGUCUUUACUGAUCAUGCCUCCUGGCGUUGGGCGUUCUUCAUCAAUAUACCCAUUGGGGUGAUUACCCUUGCCGUCAUUGUCAAGCUACUACACUUGCCUCAUGUCAAGGGUUCGUUCAAGGAGAAGGUUAAGCGUAUCGAUGCCCUAGGCGCGAUCACUCUGAUCAUUGGUCUGACCCUCGUCCUCUUGGCCUUGAACUGGGGCGGGUCGACGCACCCCUGGAACUCGAGUCUCAUCAUUGGCCUCUUUUGUGGUGGUUUUGCUAUUCUUUUCGUGUUCUGCAUGAUCGAAUGGAAGCAAGCCCCAGAACCCAUCAUCCCCUUCCGCCUCUUCAAGAGCCGCACUAAUGUCGCUGUCUUUGGUGCGUCUUUCUUCUUGGGCACUGGUUUCUUUGGUAUCAUGUUCUUCAUGCCUCUCUACUUCCAGAUCGUCCGCCAAGAGUCCGCCACAACCGCCGGGCUCGAGAUGCUUCCCCUCGUCGCCGGCUUGGUGAUUUCUUCCAUAUCGUCCGGAAACAUGAUCUCCAGAUGGGGCCAUUACCGUCCCUUCAUCUGGGCUGGGCUCAUCAUCGCUACCACUGGCAUUGGUCUCAUCACCCUCCUCCAGGUCGACUCCAACCGGGGUUCCCAGAUCGGAUUCAUGCUGGUCAUCGGUCUCGGUCUCGGUCUUUGCCUGCAGACCGUCUUGGUCGCCAUCCAAUCUGCAGUCCACAUGAAGGACAUCGCCGUCGCCACUGCCAACACAACAUUCUUCCGCACUGUCGGCUCAGUGAUGGGUGUGGCGAUUGUCGGAACGGUCUUCAACAAUGGGGUUCAUAAGCAUCUGGAACCUAUUAUUGCAAUCCACCCCGAGGUCGUAGCAGUAAUUCAGAACUCUUAUUUGGCCCCCUCGUUUGGUCCUGUCGUUGAGCGGCAGAUCUUGGAGGCGUAUAUGGAGGCUCUUCGGUCGGCUUUUAGGGUCUCGAUCCCCCUGAUGGGUGCUGGGUUCUUGUGCAGCUUAUUUAUUGAGCACCACAAGUUGCGUCGUCCCGGUGGUCCCCCUCGCGGUCCCGGUGGUCCUGGAAGUUCAGGAGGUGCUGCUACCAGUGGUGGUCCUCCUUCAUCGACAUAA